AGAAACGACGAGUGCGGUGCGGUAUACGAUGUCGUCCGGCCCGGUACAAGAAGUAUUGUAAGCAGCGGCGCGCCGCGAUUAUUCUCGCGACUUUGUAAACCGAGAGAGAAAGAGAGACAAGAGAAGAUACUAAGUAUAUAUACAGCACGCCUAUAUAAGCGGGGAGCUGCUCUCAGGCGUGCCGCCGUCGUCGCGCGUAGGACGUACAAGAGACAUCACGCACCGGGGAGAGAGAGAGAGAGAGUGAGAGAGAGAGCGGGACGAAGAAACGACCAGCGCCAGUGCGGGCGGCGCGAGAGAGAGAAGAGCUGCAGAGCAGCCAAGAAGGAAAAUAAGAAGAAAGAGUGCUGCCCGAGAGGGAGAGAGUCGUCGGCGCGGGCACCGAGGAGGCAAACAAAAUAGGAUAGUUGCAGGGCUUGUAGCCACAGAGAAGACUGAUCAAGGAUUUAGUUGAGCUUAGGGCUCAGUAAUCUUGCAAGACUUUGUGCCAGAUAUACAGCCGUAAGCAUGUCUGUUGAAACACUCAGUGAUUCCGAACUUCGGACCAAACUUUCUGAGUAUGGGUACCCAGUUGGACCGGUUACUCAGACAACCAGAAAAAUUCUUGUCAAAAAGCUGAAGACGCUCAUGGAAUCACGCGGAUCUGCAGGCUCUCGGCACUCGAUGGCUGCAAGGUACAGUAGUGAUGAUACAGAUGAUGAUACCUCUGCAAGUGCUAAGAAUAAGAAGAAGAAAGCUCCUCUUACCACACGUAGACAAACUUUAGCUAAUCCUAUGCCACCACCUGCAACAGCUCCAAUCCUAUCUACGCUUACAGCUAAAAACACAGCAAAGAAGCGUAUGUCUAGAAAUUUACAAGCUGCCGAUUCAGAAGAUUUGGAUGUAAAUAAUGUUGUACCAGUCAUUCACACACCUCCACCUUCAAGAACUGAAAAAAUCUUUGCCAAAAGCACCAAACCAUCUAAAGAUAACAACGAUGGCCUAGAAACAGGUUCAGAUUCUGAUGCAGUAGAAGAGGUUCCGCCAUCACCACCAUCAUCACCGCCCGUUACCAAAUUUGGUAUUGGCACCACCAAAUUGUAUAAUGAUCGAGCACCUCUUACUGCAGCAGAUGUUAAUUCACCAAAGUCUUAUGAAACUAAUUGGAGGAGAACAUUAAGAGAGUCGCAUGAUACUAAUUUACGCACAAGUACAAGUACAAGUACUCCCACUUCUAAAAAUGAAAGAUAUUCAGUAAACUUGCCAAAGGCUAGUACUAUUUUAGACUCUGCCAGGAAUGAUUCGCUCUCAUCAUCAAAAGAUAGUACAAAAAAAGAUGACAUUCUUUCCAAUUAUGAUACACCGUAUUUAUCUGAGUUCACACGCAGACUUAGCGUGCAAGCAUCUGUGAACUUACCUUCUCUAUCUAAGACUAGUUUGAAAGGAACAAAGUAUCGUCUCUCGGGGUUGAACAGUACACCGGAAGCAAAAGAUAGCGAUUCUAAUGGUCACUUUAAUUCACCUCUGAGACCAACUUAUCCUUCAAGCUCAAGUAUGACCUAUGUCACAUCUUCAUUGGACAAGACUCGCGACGUCAAUAAAGUAUUCAAGUCGUCUACGGUUCCUAGAGAAGAAGUGAAGAACAAUCAGAAUCUUAUUUCAAUGGUUCUUGUCAUUGUGCUGGCCUUAUUUUUUGGAGGUUUGGCAAUUGUCUACUUGGGACUUGAAGGAAAAAAUGACACUUUCCCUCUUCUACCUGCUGAUAGCGACAUCCCAAUAUGCUCACCAGUAGCAUAUGAUCAAAAUAAACCUGGAUCAAACUGUGUGCCUGAAGAAAGUGUAAAAGAUACAUUGCAAUUAAUCAAGCGACUUCAUCCAGUUUUAUUGAAAAGAGCUAUAGCUGCUGAAUGUUAUAGCGCUAAAGAAUCGCCAUACUUGAGUACCAAUGAAAUCAUAAACAUGUUUUCAAAUACUGAAUCGCAAGAAGUAAGAGUAAAAGAAAGUUUACACAUGGCUCAUUUACUCAUUUUCAAAAAUCCUAAAUGGGGGAUGUCUCUUAUAGAGAUUGCUGAUGGAAACGAUAUGCCCCAAAUUCUUGAUACAAUGGAGAAAGUAUUUUUGACACGUAUAGAUGGGAAAGUGGGAGUUUUAAUACCUGAACCAGAUUUACCUUUGCAAUGUCUUGUGAGAAAACGAAUCCUGACCGUAUUUACAUCUCUUCUGAUAGCUGCUUUUGGUGCACUAGUUGUUAUUGGUUGUCAAAAAUUGGUGCUUGCAUACUGGCGAUACAAGAAAAAUGCCGAAAAAGAAGUGUUUAACUUAGUCAGUGAAAUAAUAAGUAUGCUUGAACUACAUCAUCAAAGCUUUGCAACAACUAGUCCUGGUGGUACACAAGAGAGUUAUCUAGCAAUAAAUCAUAUAAGAGACAAUCUUAUACCACCAAAAGAUAGAAAAAAAUUAGCUGGAUUAUGGGAUAAGGCGGUCAAAUUUUUAGAUGAAAACGAAUCAAGAAUUCGAAGGGAGGUACAAUUGGUCUCUGGUGAAGAGUUUCAAGUUUGGCGCUGGCUGCCCAGUAACUCGACUGCUCCUAAUUCUCCUGGAGCCAGUGCUACUCCAAAAAUGUCUAAAGUUUGGCAAGGAAGCGCAUUUGAAACCAUGGAAGGAUCUGUAAACAGUCCAGCGUGCUCUCCUACCCCUUGCCUCAAAAUAAGGCACAUGUUUGAUCCAGAUGUCGAAUUCGAAGAAGACUGGGAGACAAAAGUCAAAGAUGCCAUUCUCGAGAAAUGCGGUGAAAGCGUUAAGAUUUUACAUAUUAAAGUUGACCGUGGCAGUCGUGAGGGAUGCGUAUACAUGAAAUGUAUGUCUCAAGAAGAUGCUGGUAAAGCAUACAAAGCUUUGCAUGGAUGCUGGUUUGAUGGCCAUUUGGUUACUGUUAAAUACUUAAGACUGGAGCGUUACCACGAACGUUUCCCAGAAGCUGUAAAUUUUACGACUCCUUUGAAGCCAAGUAACAAUCAACGACUUUCUAUGCAGGCUCACUACUGGACAAAUUCCUCUGAAGCAAACUAAUUUAAGACUUAAAAAUGUUCUUUUUGUUUAUCACGUUUUAUAAUUGGUUUCAUAUCAAACAUUGCGAGAUACAUAAUACAUCGUCAAAUGUCUAAUAUAAAUUCGUAAAUAACCCUUUCGUUUUUGUGUAUAAUUGUAGCCUCGUUGAGCUAAAAAGUGGUAAUGUUUUAAUGAUUUUAAAGUAAUCACUUUUGUAUUCUCUUAAUUUUAAAUAACUUAGUUUGGUUUUAUUAUAUACUGACAAAAAAAAAUUUAACUGCGAAGCUUGUAUGCAACAGGUUUGUAUUUAUAUUAGAAUAUAUCUUCGUAUUUUAUCAACAAAAAGAAAAAAGAUUUGAAAUUAUUGUCAGAUUUUGCUAAAUUAACUGAGAUUUACGAACAUGACUCAUAAUCAUUAAUUGAUACGGAUAAGGUAAAAAAAAAACGAAUGUAAAAAUGUUAUCAUGAAAUAUUGUUUACGUUAAUAGCGUUUACGAAUUUUUUAUAAUCUUAUAACUAAAAAAAAUAAUUAGCUUUUUGUAUAAAUUGAUUUUUCUUUUUUUUACCAAUCCCACUUUUAUAUAAUUCAAUUCACCGCCUAAAAAUGAAAAUACAAUAUUUUUUUAUAAUGUAUUAUUACAAAUAAAGUUGUAAUAUUAAAAUAAUUAGAUUCAUCUUUUUACUGCUACUACUAUUAUUAUAUUAACUUUAAAUUAUUUUCGUGCACUUCUACUUAAGUCAUACUUAAUUUUAAUAAAUGACAUUUUAUAAGUGUAAGACUUAUACGAGUAAUUUCUGUAAAUAUAUUAUAAAUAAUAAACAAUAUUUUCAUUCUAAUAAA